AUGGACUUCAUGUCCAAAACAGUCUACGCAGAACUCGUGCCCACGCGCAAGGACUUCCUGCGCCACCCGUACGACUCGAUCAAUCGCUUCCUCGAGGUCUACAAAAUGCACAUGGAACAGUUGUCGCAGGUGUACACGGAGCAGCGACUGCGAAAGGUCGAGGAAGUCGAGAAGAGGAAGCAGUACCGGUUGGAGAGACAGCGGGAGGCGGAGGAGAGGGGCGAGGAGUAUGUGGAGGAUCCGAGGUAUUAUGUUGGUGAGGAUGGAAUUCGGCGGAGGAGGGUUAAGAAGUGGUUUGGGAUUUGGGAGUGA